UAAACCUCGGACUUUUGUUCUUACUAAGAAACCCACACGCAGUUAGUAAACUGAUCACUCUGAAUUACUGAGAUCAUGGCUCUAACUGUGCAUGGAUUCAUCGUCCUGCCAAAAACCAACAUCGUCCAAAUUCCCAGUUGCGAGUCCUACCGUCAUCGAUCCUUGAAUAUGCUGCAGAUCACGCAUCACGACCAUAUGCACGCCAACAGAAGGAAUAUUAGUCGCUCCAUAAUAUGUGGAGCUAAAAGCAGGCCAGGGAUCAGCAAAGGGGGCGGUGGGAAAAUCAAUGGGACGACGACAUCGAGAGAGCAGAAUGUUUCUGAUGAAAUCAGCAGCUCAAAGACUGAUCAGAAAAAUGGCAAGCAAAGUAACGGAGAUGCAAAAGCUACAACAAGAAAGACUGGCUCUACUGGUUGAUUAAACAUAAUUUAUGCUUUUUAAUUAAGAGAUAAGCUGUGUGGUGUGGACUCUGUAUGAUGGAUUGUCUUCUCUCCCUCUUUUCUUAGAUAUUUGUGUUUAUGGUAAUUUGCAAGUGUAAUUUGGUUACUGUAGCUUCUUUAGUAUGCAGACAUGUAUAAUAAAUAAUCAAUUGUUAGUGUUUUAUGCAGUGAGGAAGUUAGAAGUAUUUCAUGACA